AUGCUAGGCUCAUUUGGAUCAUCAUCAUCCUCCCAUGAAGAGGAGGAGCACCGCCGCCGCCGCCACCACCAGAUCCCCCCGCCGCCCAUCCACAUGCGCCAGCUCCUCAUCAGCUGCGCCGAGCUCAUCUCCCGCUCCGACCUCUCGGCCGCCCACCGCCUCAUCGCCAUCCUCCUAUCAAACUCCUCCCCCUACGGCGACGCCACCGAGCGGCUCGUCCACCAGUUCACCAAAGCCCUAACCCUCCGCCUCAGCCGCUUCUCCGGCGGUGGCGCCGCCGGGGUCGGCGGCGGCGCCGCCGACGACGCGGUGGUCCAAUCGUCGUUUCUUUCCCUCAACCAGAUCACUCCGUUCAUCAGAUUCAGCCAAUUGACGGCGAAUCAGGCGAUCCUCGAGGCGAUCGAGGGGCAGGCGGCGAUCCACAUCCUCGACUUCGACAUCAUGCACGGGGUCCAGUGGCCGCCGCUGAUGCAGGCGGUGGCGGAGCGGUUCCCGCCGCCGACGCUCCGGAUCACCGGCACCGGCGCCGAUCUCGAGAUCCUGCGGCGCACCGGCGAUCGCCUCGCGAAAUUCGCGCACUCGCUAGGGCUCCGCUUCCAGUUCCACCCGCUGAUCGUUCAAUCCACUGACGAAUCGAUCUCGGCGACCUCCUCGGUGGCGAUCCUCCCGCACGAGGCGCUCGCGGUCAACUGCGUCCACUUCCUCCACCGCCUCCUCGGCGACCGCGACCGCCUCCACCUCUUCCUCCACCGCAUCAGGUCGAUGUCCCCGCGGAUCGUGGCGGUCGCCGAGAGAGAGGCCGACCACAACCACCCGGUGUUCCAGCAGCGGUUCGCGGAGGCGCUGGACCACUACGCCGCCGUGUUCGACUCGCUCGAGGCCACGCUGCCCCCCGCGAGCCGCGAGCGGCUCGCGGUGGAGCAGGUCUGGUUCGGCCGCGAGAUCAGCGACAUCGUGGCGGCGGAGGGCGACGAGCGGCGGGAGCGGCACGAGCGGUUCCGGUCGUGGGAGAUGGUACUCAGAAGUGCGGGGUUCGGGAACGUGGCGCUGAGCCCCUUCGCGCUGUCGCAGGCGAAGCUGCUCCUCCGCCUCCACUACCCCUCGGAGGGAUACCAGCUGCACAUCCUCAGCAAUUCCUUCUUCUUGGGAUGGCAGAAUCAGCCCCUCUUUUCGGUCUCGUCUUGGCGCUAAAAUUCGGGAGAAAACCCUAACCCUAAUUUUGAUGAUGAUCGAAGGGAGGGAGCUAACACAAACCUAAUUUCUUCUUCUUCAAUCAGGUUUUCUUGGACUGCUCAAAUAUUUUUAUUCUUAUAUAUAUAUACUAGUGCUAUUUGGGGUGUAUUUAAUUUUUAAUUACUACCAUACUUUUG